UCGAGUUGCACCACGGUGGACGGAAAGGCCGGAUCUUCGCCGACCUUCUCCUCCCUCGACCAGCCGACAUUGAUGCUGCCUGCUCUCCCUCUUCCGUCCGGAAGUACAGGGAAUUGCUGACUCAAGCCCGCGCAAAUAUGCAAAAGGCUCAAGUCCGCAUGCAGCAGCAAGCCAACAGGCAUCGCGUACCAUGUCYCAUCCGCGYCGGUGAUCUGGUUUGGGUCUCCGCGGAAGAGUUUGCACUGGAACAGGAUGUUUCACGCAAACUGCUUCCCAAGUGGUUUGGACCUUGGUCGGUGACAGCAGCCUCGGGCGAUGAGCCCGAUGGCCCUUCAUUUGUGAUCAACAUUCCAGAGCAUCUGGCGGUCCAUCCGGUCUUCCACGCCUGGAAGCUGGCAACUUACACGCCAGCCAAGAGCGACGACUUUCCGGACCGACGAUCGCAGGACCCUCCUUCUAUGGAUGGCCAUCAGGAAGUUGACCGCGUCAUCUCCGAUCGCAAGUACGGCAGCAAGCCGCGGCAGUAUAAAGUCACAUUCAAAGCAUGCGAUCGCGACGACACUCGGUGGAUAUCAGGGGCAGAUUUGAAAGCAUCCGCACCGUUGAUCUACGCGCAUUAUGAAAAGCGCAGGUUAGCUCAGGAAGCUUCACGACCAGCCCCUCCCACCCGGACUGUGGUCCCUCCCUCAGACAGACAGCUUCGCCCUCGCAGAGUGUCAUUUAUCACACGCUGAAUGUGACAGAUGCAAGCGGAAAUCUGACUUCAGGCAAGACAAGCAGCCCCUGCCCAGGCAAUGCCGACCUUGCACAAAAAGAGGUAUCGGCUGCAGACAGGAGUCGUGGCCAAAGAUGCGGAAGUACGGACGACACAGGAAGGACAAUAGAGGAAGGAAAAUCAAUACCGCCUAGAUUA